AUGUAUCGCAACACUUUGUACAAAGAGUUGAGAAAGGCUCGUUUUGGUGCCGUUAAUCCGCGGUUUGUGCGUGUUUCGAGACCUCUCAGAUGUUUUCACGCUAGUACAGCUCUUUUGAAUGAGCUCAAGGACCCAUAUUCUACAUUGGGUGUAGGAAAAACCGCUAGUUCCUCUGAAAUCAAGAAGGCCUACUACAAACUGGCCAAAAAGUAUCAUCCAGACAUCAAUAAGGCUAACGACGCCCAACAAAAAUUCCACGAUUUGCAAAACGCCUACGAAAUCUUGUCCGAUGAGUCCAAAAGACAGCAAUGGGAUCAGUACGGCCCUGCCGCUUUCUCACAAGGCGGAGCUGGUGGUCCAGGUGGUGCUGAAGGUUUUGGCGGUUUUGGAGGGUUUGGCGGCGCAGGAGGCUUUGGUGGUGGCGCCCAAGGUUUUGGUGGUGGAUUUGGCGGCAUCAAUUUCGAAGACUUGUUCGGCGCAGCUUUUGGCGGCGGCGGUGGUGCAGGUGGGGCUGGUCGUGGAGCUCGUGGCCGCUCUAUGUACCGUGAGUACCAGGGAAGCCCCAUCGAAAUAGUGCAUCGCAUGACGUUUAAGGACUCUGUUUUUGGUCUAAAAAACGUGAAUCUCAAAUACAGUGCAUACGAUCCUUGUAAGACGUGCGACGGUUCAGGAAUGAAGCCCGGCGCCUCCAGAACAACUUGCAAUGUGUGCUCCGGAACCGGUACUCGUGUACACGUACGUGCAGGUUUCCAAAUGGCCUCCACUUGUGACAAUUGUGGCGGAGAAGGAUCGGUAAUCAAGAGUUCCGACACAUGCUCCUCUUGUCAUGGAGAGGGUGCCACAAUGAAUAAGGACCAUGAGUUGAAGGUCGAUUUCCCUCACGGUUUGCAAGAUGGCGACGUUAUUCGCAUCAGUGGCCAAGGCUCGUACCCGAACAUGCAGGUCGAUCCCGCCAUGAAAGACACCAUCCGCCUAUCCAGAGGUGACUUGCUGGUGCGCGUCCGCGUAGACAAGGAUCCACGUUACCUAAUCAAAAACAAAUACGAUAUUUGGUUUACGGAGGACAUUCCAAUUACCACAGCUGCUCUUGGCGGUGUUGUAACGAUUCCUACCGUGGACGGGGAAAAAAUUAGGUUGAAGGUUGCGGCGGGUACUCAACAUAACGAUGUCGUAUCGAUCCCACAGAAGGGUGUACCUAGGGGCGCCUUCGGAUCGCGUGGGGAUAUGAAAAUUCAGUAUAGAGUGGUUAUCAAGAAACCCCAGUCUCAGGCCGAGAAAUGUUUGUGGGAAGCACUUGCGGAUGUCACGGGUGACGCACAAGCCAAGAGAUCUGCUCUAACAGGAUCUAAUACUUUUAAAGUCAAAGAGCAAGGUGACAGUAGCGCGGCAGCCGGUGCUUCCAACCCCGACACACCCAGCGCUUUGGGCAAAUUGGAGGACUUCAUUUCGAAUACUUUCAAGAAGAUAAAAGGCGACAAAAAAUAA